AUGUCUAUAUAUUUUGCUAUUCUGGAACGAUUAAUCAGUCGUCUCUUUCCUUCUCUCCUCCUCGUCCUCCUUCUUUUCUUCCUCCUUCUCCUCCCAAAGGACCUCGAACCCGGCGAAGCAGCUUCUGCGAGAUUGACAUCAAAGGCUCCGAAGCUUUCCGAACUGCGACGCUCACAGAGACCACCCACGCUUUCUCGGACUGAAAACGAACAGACUCUGAAAACGAGCUUUCCAUGGCAGUCAAAGGAUCAGGAUAUGGUUAUUCCCGCCAACGGGACAUUGAUUUCGACACGGAAACCGAGCUCGAAAUUGGCCGCGUCGGAUGAAGAGAAUUCAGAUGAUAUGGAGGAUGUUACCAUUGGCAUGCACAUCAUCUCCAAUCUCUCGGACGCAUUUACUGGCGCCGUCAAUCGUGCUAGUUCUGCAUUCUCAGGGAUAAUGAGUGAGUUUUGUUGA